CGUCAUCAUGGUGAUAUAUUAUCAACAUCCGGUGGCACUAGCAAUGGCAUGAGUACCCCUAACAGCGCAAAAAAGCGGCGAGCCCGAGUCCAGGGCGGGUGGGCGGCGCCCACUAAUGUACGCUCAGACCGGGACAAGCCAAAAGUCCCGGCAGGACCCGCCUGGCUCGGGAAAAAUGUCGACCAACCCGUAGAACGCAAGUUCGUUUAUGAAAAACCUGAAGAGGAUAACAGAGUGAUUCCCCCGGAGAAAACUCUUACAAAACCCGGAGUGUAUGAUAUCAGCACUGAGCCAUCAGGAGUCUCCAGACUUAGGUUUUUUCCUGUUUUCAUUGACCCUGAAGAAGCGAACGCAAUUUAUGACACAUUGUAUCACGAGUUGCCAUGGAGACAGAGGACAGAUGUCAAAAAGACGGGGGAGUCGUUUUUACAGCCGAGACUUACAGCAUGGUACGGAGAGCUUCCAUAUUCCUACUCAGGACUUACUCAUGAUGCAUGCCCACAGUGGCACCCAACUUUACUCAUGCUGAAGGAUCGCUUAGAGGAAGUAACAGGAAUCAACUUCAAUUCCAUGCUUGCUAACCUUUACCGCGACGGCCAUGACUCUGUAGCCUGGCACUCGGACGACGAACUCAUUCUUGGCCCUGAGCCAACUAUCGCCUCCCUGACCUUUGGAGAUACGCGGAAUUUUGAACUACGAAAGAAACCUCCGCCAGAGGAGAAUGGAGACUAUACGUACAUGGAGCACAUCAAGAUCCCCCUUACGCACGGAUCUCUGCUGUUGAUGGAGGGGGCAUCACAGACUGACUGGCAGCACCGUAUUCCAAGAGAGUACCAUGAUAAAGGGCCCAGAAUAAACCUGACUUUUAGAAUUAUUUACCCCCAGUAGCUGGCAGGAGAUUCCACAUAUUAUAUUCUCUCUUUUGACAGAAAAAAAUGUUUGAGUUUAAAAAAGAAGUUUGUACAAAUUUUAAUUAAUUAUGGAAUUUAUUUAUGAUUUGAUGGUAUUUAGUCUGUAUAUACACAUAUAUGGGAUACAAAUCAUCUAUAAUUCUGAUAUGCCUGUUUUCUUCAAAAUCUUUUUACCAUUUAAGUGAAUUUAUCGCAAACUAUUGUAAUUUUAAUUCAGUCUGAAAAUACAAACUAUCAAUGUUUGCUGUGUGAUAUAUAUAAGGUACAUGUGGUUUGUGAUAACAUGCAGUACAUGCAUUAUUCAUGCAUUUGUACUCAGAUUAAUCAUGUUUAUAUGUAAUGAAACAUGUUUAAUAUGUAUGUUAAACAAUUGGUAACAAAGGGGAAUAUUUAUUAAAUGAAUAUUUUUUAUUGUUGAACAUCAAUCAAAGGAAUAGGGGGCAUAUUGUUUUAUUAUUCUUUAUUGUACUUGGUGCUUUGAUCUAAAAAUAUGCCCAUACCCACAUGUAGAUAUGAAUAGCCCAACUAUAGUUACAUGUACUUGUAAUGAAACAUUUGUAUUUCGGCAUGAAAAGAUAAUCUUUCAUAGGUCUGAUAUGGUAGUAUGUUUAAGAAGAACUAUUUUAAUAAUUUUUUCAUAUUAUUUCUAUUUAGUUUGUAAAUGAAAUUUGGUAAAAAUUUGUCAAAUUUUUGUCAAGGUGACAAAUAAAAGGGCAAUCUCAACAAAUCUUUACAGAUUUGAAUAAGUUUCUUGUAAAUGAACCGUUGAAGUAAAGGUCAAAUAAAGGUCAACAAAUAAUUACAGUGAAAUUGCU